AUGGAGGCGGCGGCGCUGGAGGCGCGGCUGGAGUACGAGCGGCUGCUGUGCGAGCGGGAGUUCCUGCUGCGCGAGACGGCGGCCACGGCGUGCCUCACCGCCCGCGCCACCACCGCCCGCCAGACCGCGGCGGAGACGGACAUUGGGCUGCUGCGCGACUACCUCGAGGGGCGGCGGCGCGGGGACGCGCGGGCGUGCCGCACGGCGGAGGAGGGCAUGCGGGCGAAGGUGCACGCGGCACGGCGGCGCGCGGAGGAGCUGCGCCACAUCCUUGCGGCGCUGCAGAAGGAGGCGGUGGGCGUCAGGGCGGGGUGCGCCUCCCUCCCCAUGUAA